UGCACUGAAACAUAACGUGUGUUUUUGUUUUGCAAGCCGUAUCUUGUGUUUUUGUAAGCUACAUGUAUGGACAGGUCGUAAACAUUGGGGGGAAAACUGUAAGCCUAUUGUUCUGCCACAUGCUGCCGAGAGCUGAUUGUGAUUAUUCAAAUGCGCAGGCACAUGUCCAUGCAAAUACCACCACACGGCCCUCCCUCUGCAGAGGUGAACAAUUCAUAUGGACACGCACAAUGGCUGUGGGCAAGCCCAUUUCACCCACCAUCAACACGCGGCAAGUGGGGCAUGUCAAUUUGAAGUCUGGGCAUAGAAACUGCGAAGGGGGGGGACCAUUGACAUCAAAAUGCAAAUUAAACCAUUUCAAGUGGAUGCAUAGUGGCUAGUGUGAAUCACCGGAGCUUGGGACUCGGGUUGGACGCCUGUUGUUGCUGAAUACAUUUUAAUUUUUUUAUUGUGUGUGGCGGGUGCUUUUUAUGUGGCUCUGUACAUUAGACAAUUCUUGGACAAGGCCGACCAGUCUGUUUUGCAAUGCACAUGUUCACUCAUACAUGAUUACAUUUCUGUGGAUUUUUCGCAAAAAGCAGAGCCGGGAAUGGAUCGGUUGAUGAGCCAUUUGAAUGCAUGCAUUCAUCCGGAAUGAGAGAUGCGGCACUGCUGUUAUUCUGAAGGGGAAAAUGAAAAGUCGCAGUGUGAGCGUGUGCGUGCCGAGAUUUGUUCCAGAAAUGCAAUACUGACCGAGGAGCUUGGAUGGCACUAGAUUUUUAGACUCCAUGGGGCUUAAGGAGUCUGCUUGUGUUGAGUUGACACCAGCGGUUGGCACUGGGAUUGAGAAUAUCUGAGAUUGUCCCCUCCCCCCAACAACUUACACUGCAUGGAGUGUUUGGUUUGGACUGAGCAUUGAUUUUGAGCUGGCUUGUGCUGAACAUUGAAACUGCCAAUUUUCUGUUCCCCCUCGCCAUAGUGAACUUGAAACAGGCCCUGCAGUACCCUGGAUGGCACUAGAUUUCAUUACGCACAAAGACCAAUAAGAAAAAAAAAGCGGGUUGCUGCUGAGAAGGCCUUUCUUUUAGUGAGUUAAAAGGGAUGCAGAGGUUACAUUGUGAAUGGGUUGAAUCGGUUCCGAGAGCCCGGUUCAAGACGUUUCAAGGACUCCACAUUGUUAGUCAGGUGUAAUGGGAUCUGGCCACCCUGUGCCUGCCUCCAGUCCGAUCACAUUCACCAAACCUGUUAUUCGGAGGGACUUCUGAAAGGAAAGAACCAGGUUGACGCCGACGGUCGGUCGCAGGUUUAGAAAUCGGGCGAGCACAUGUGGGCAUUGAUUACAAGGUACAUGGAUACGCAACAUGGACGCCAGCAGGUUGGUACACAUAUUGGGAAGCAAUAAUACUCUCGAUUCCCAUGCACGGAUGACUGCUUUGAACUCGACCAGGCACUAACUUGCAGUGUGUACACCUUGGUCGUUGUACUGGCACAGGUACAUACAUUUACCAACAAUGCUAUAUCACAGGAGCCCAACUGGGUAAUGUGGCCUGUCCAUUUUGGUAGAGCCAUCUGGAAUUGGAAACAGUACAUUCAGUGCAUCAAGACCAUCAGCGGCACUGUGCAUCCACCGUGGUGCACUGACUAUGUAAAAGCACACGCCUGUUGUACCACACUCUUGGUAGGUGCACUGUAGCGCUGAUCACCUGCAUGGAACGGAUCAGAACCAAGAAGCAGUUUUGCUCCGUCCGAAAUGAGCGGGGGAACAGUUGUUAGCAGAAAGAGAUCACUAGAUGACAGAUAUGAUCAUCCGGGAUCAAAUUAUGAAUAUGGCAGCCGUGGAUACGAUAGACAUUACGGAAGGGACUCGGGAUCAUACCAUGAGGAGGAAAGUUUACCUGUGUCAUAUCGCGAUCGGCCACGCGAUCGAACGUACAAUCGUGGCACCAACUACUACCAACAUUCCAGCAGCUCACGGGGGACCGGCGAGACGAACUUUGACCCACCCCAACCGCUGCCCUCAACCCAGCAAUCGGACCAGGAUUACCGUUUCCUGAGGGACCAGUUUGCCACCGCAAGGGUGGAUGCUGACUCAUACUCAGACUCUGGGGGCUCACGCAAGGGGCGGAGCCGGCGACGCAAGCCUGCCUGCCGAGCGGGCUCGGCCAAGACUGCUGCCGCAGUUGCUGUGGUUGCCGCCGCCGCAAACCGGUCGCCGCAUUCGGGCUCAGCGCCCCGUUCGCGAAGCCUGAGCCGCUCACCGAGCCACUCCCACAGCCGUAGCCGCAGCCGGAGCUCGGACUCAAACAGCAGCGCCUCGCAGGGGGCAGUGGCCAGUGAGGAGAACUGGGAGCGGCGGUCGCGAAGCAAAGAGAGCGACCGAGAGAGCCGCAACACGGAGAACACACUCAGCUCGGCGGGCUCCAAGAACGCCGCCGGGCUGUGCGUUAGGAACUUGCCAACUAGAUCCAGCGACACAAGCAUCAAGGAUGGUUUGUUUCACGAGUUCAAGAAGUACGGCCAGGUCACCGCGGUAACAGUCCAUGGCACGGGUGACGACAGAGCAGGCAUCGUGUUUUUCAAGAGAACGGAAGACAUGGAGAAGGCUCUGGCAGCCUCCAAGGGCAAACUCUUCUUUGGCUGUGAAAUGAAACUAUCGAUCUGGGAUGGACCAGACAUUGGGGUGGACGACAGUGACGUCCGGUACUACGAGAAGGAGCUGGAUGAGUUCCAUCCGCGAGCGACGAGGACGCUCUUCGUGGGCAACCUGGACCGCACCAUCACACGGGAGGAGUUGAAGGAUGCUUUCCAGAAGUUUGGUGACAUCGUGGACAUUGAGAUCAAGAAGCCACAAGGAGCGCAGCCGUUUGCCUUCCUGCAGUUCUCGGACAUUGACAGUGUGGUCAGGGCCAGGAGGAAGCUGGACGGAGAAAUUGUUGGCAAAAAUAAAGUCAAGCUGGGCUUUGGCAAGAGCAUGGCCACCAACUGCCUUUGGCUUGACAACCUGGCCACCAACACCACCGAGAGCUACCUGCGCCGCUUCUUCACCAUGCGCUACGGCCCCCACGCCAUCUCCCGCAUCAGCCUGGACCAGCGCACCGGCACCGCGCUCAUCUUCUUCUACAACAUUGAGCAUGCCCAGAAGGCCAUGCAGGACAUGAAGAAUACGCGCAUCUCCGGACGCAGGCCCAAGGUCGACUUUGCCAGCAGAGAAUGCCAAAAUCACUUCUUUACUCGGCUGGACAAGUCGGGUCAGCUCCCCUACCAUAGUAGAGACGGCUCUCCCAAUGACCGCAGUUUCAGGGAAUCACCGAGUGAAUACCACAGCACAGCACGUAACUCCCAGUCCCGUCGCAUCCGGUCGCAGAGCAACCACGCCUCCCCUGGCAACUACCACAGUUCCCUGGGGCUCUACAGCGGUGGCAGCAGCACCGACGACCAGCGCUUCUUCAACAGUCAGCCGGGGAGUGGUGAGUUCUACCGGGGUGGCGCCAUUGAGCGGGGGUCGGUGGAGAACAACGGGGCCGGGGGCUUCGACGGCGAAGACUCCUACGAGAGGGAGUUGCGAGAAUACGGGUAUCACCAGCGGGAGAGAAAAGAGCAACAGCACAAGGAGAGGAGUCGCAGUCUUAGUCCCAGAGAAAAGUCGUACGAGAGAAGGCGUUGUAGUGGCAGUGUGGAAUCUCAGGAAGUCAACACCCCUACACAAAGCCCCUACCACAGCAGGAGUGUCAGUCCAGUGGCUUGCCCCAGGAGGAAACGAACUCCUCGUAGUACUGUAACUGUUCAUGGAUCGGAACGGUCCUACACACCAGUGCAAAGUCCCUCACAUGAGGAGAACUAUCGGGAUGAGAAGGACAGGUGGAAGAGCAGGUUACUAGAGGGAUCGGACGAAAGAGGAUCUUCUACGGAGCGCAGUGAAACCAGACACAAAUCCAAGAAAUCCAAGAAGAGCAGAGACUCUGACGAUGACAGAAGCGACAAGUCGUCCAGGCUGAGUGAGAAAUCGCUCAGUAAGUCAAGCGAGAAGUCCAAGCAGAAGCGGGACCGACUGGAAAAAUCGUUGGAGUGUUUGAAGGUGAUCCGGUCCAAGGAUGCUGCCUUGAAACAUGACAGGACUAAAGUUGAGAAGCGGCUGGAGAAGUUAAACUGUGAUGCACGGCAGGAGAAAUUCAACUCGGAUAUACGAACAGAUAAGGUUAACUGCGAGUUGAGAACUGACAAGUUGUUAAACUGCGAUGGAAGGACAGAAAAAUUGUCUGUGGAGGAGUUAGACGAAACUGAUAAACCCAAAGAUAAAUACAUGAAGAAGUUGAAAUUGAAUGACUUGGAUGACACAAGACAGAACAAAGUUCUUGAGAAGGAAAGGACUAGUGAAAUUGUACGCUCCAAGGACACCUCUGGUUUUGAUGCCAGCAAAAUGCAGCUGCCAAAUGAACCUGAUAUUGCCCGAAAACGGCGGAGAAUAGCUGAGGUGGAUCAGCCCCAGUCAUUGCUUAAGCCUGUUGAAAGUGAUGAAAACAUGCGCAAACUGGAAGCACGCAGGCAGCGCUUCAGUGACAAAAGUCCUGUGGACAUCAACAAGAUGCGCAAGAAGGAAACGAUUAAAUCACCAAACAGUGAUAGAACGUUGCAAAAUAAGGUACCCAAGUCGGUGAUCAGUAAACCUUUGGGUGAACUGUCGCACGGACAUGGUGAUUCUCUCAAACAUGAUACCUCUUCAGAGUCCCACUUCAGUAGGGACACAAGAACAGUGAUUGAAAGUAAGCACAAGCCAGUUCGAGAAAGGCUCGGGACCAAACAUGAAGCCUUGAUACAACUGGAGUGUAUUAAAUACGAUCCCAUGGAGAGGUUCAAUCGUAGUUUACUGGAGAGGAAUGAGAAGGAUUUAGACAUGUCUCCCUUCUCCCACAUCCCAGAAAUUCAGGACAAAUUGGUCCCAAGUGGUGGUGGUCCGAGCCGACCCGCGAACUCAAAACUGAAUAAGGAUGAAAUCCCCGCACUCAAACUCAGCAAGGUUUUGGUGGAUAGUGGCAGUCAAGACAAAGGGGUGGACAAACCCAAAAAAUCUUCCCCAGAAAUGGGACGAUUGGAUAAAUUCGUCCGUGAUAAAAACCACCCACAUUCCAGUCUCAGUACGAGUAGUGGCAUCAGGCCACCACAGAGGGAUAAAGUCCGCAUCCAACAUCUUCUGGACAUGGAUGAAGGCAUUGCAAGCUCGAGCGAUCAGGACACACCGGAAGUUGAUGAAGAUCAAAACAGCAGGCAGGGGCGAACCUCCAGGAGCAGCAGCAGUGGGCAGGGACCUUCAUCAUCCACGUCCUCGUCAAGCAGUAAACCUGCUGUCCAGGACAUGUUUGAAAAGCCUCACAUUGACACCAGCCUCAGCUGCCGGAAACAGAUGGAGAUUGCGCGGAAGAGCUUUGAGCAGCAACUACAGGAGAGGGAGACACAACCUGACCAAGAGGAAUUUAAUGGUCCAGUGCCCGUGCUGCCCCCUCCGCCCCCUCCACCAGCUGGCAACUCUGAGUCCAAUCAGAGUGCAGAAUACUCUGGAAAACUCAAUGAGAAGGAGAAACCUGUUGAAUCAGAUGGCAUCAUCCAGGAAAUGGAAUGGAAGCUCCAUAAAAUUACUCUGGUGGAAUUCUUUCCAAAAAGAAGGCGGAGGAUGUCGGAAUCCCAAGCUGGCGGUGGAGAUGAUGGCUUAUAUCCGAAGCGCGGUGGAUUUCGUGCCCGUCGGCAAAGCGAGGAUGGGCUAAAGUCCCCUGGUGGAGUUUCAGAUGUGCCAGUUGAUCCACGUAUACAAGGAUACCCCGUGGAACAGGAGAAGCAAAAUUCUGUUCCACAGAAGGAGGAAGUAGUUGAUGCUGAUGCAACAAAAUCGGAGGUUGCUUCAGUCCAGAGCCAAUCUCUGGAGCUCAAUGUCAACAUUCCAAAUGAUGGUGAAGCAUUGCCGUUGCUCUCCCCAAAACCAAUCAACCAGCCCAUUGUAGUAUCAGUAGGGGACACAUCUUCACCCUCAACUAGUGCACCCAUCCUCAGUCCAGCUGUAACGCCUGUGAAGUUGGACAGACGCCCGCUGUUGACAACGCAUGUUGAGAGUCCCUUUCGACAUGUUGGUCCGGAUCCUACCAUGGAACACCUUACCAAAUUAAAGACCUCUCUGGAGAAAUGCAACUUUGUGAAAAAUCUUGAAAAAUCUAAUCAUGUUGUCUCUCCACUGAUCUCUGAAACGAAGCCUGGCCUGACGUCAGUCUCGGACCUUCUUGACUCUGAGAAGAAAACUGAGGACGUUCCUCCAAUCCUGAAGAAUGAAAGCAAUACAUUUGACACACCAGAGCAGAAGGUGCCCACUCUUAGUAAAGUACCAUCUUUAAAGGAUGCUGUCUCAGCCGUGCUUGAGCGCAACAAGAUGAAAAAACUGCCAUCAGGGAGUGCCCAACAAGAAUUAUCAGUCAGUACAGCCUUUACACAACAGCAGGAUCUACUGUCCGGCAUCAAAAAAGAGAACAUUGUGUCAGAUAUGGUUGGACGUGAGUUUAAAGGAAGUUGUGACACCCCACCUACCACACCCCUGACCCCAAAUACCCCAAGCACCCCAGGAACUCCAGUGGAGGUCAAAUCAGAUGUACUGUCCACAAAGUCCAGGGUGGAGCGAUUGAAUCUUAUCGGGCGAAUAAAGAAGAAGGCCAAGAGCACCGAAUCAGAGCCAGCAGUGCUUGAUGGGAGGGAGCCACAGAAGGCUGGAGAGCAAAAAGUAGAGACCUUUACAUCUCGUCUUCUGAAAAGGAGUAGCAUCUUUGACCAGGACUCUGCCCGACUGCAGCAGAGUGCCCAUUUGAAGGACCCCGUGUCACAAGGUUCCAACAGGAAGUUUAACUUCCUUGAAGGAAUGCCAGCCUUGACAACUACAGAUUUACUCAUGAGGGGGAAGAUAGAGGGCAAAGAACUGAUCCCAGAUGGUCCACUGGAGAGAAGAAACUCAAUCUCUGGGAGUUGGGUGUCUUCUUCAGCACGAUCCCCACUGACAGUGUCAAGCUCCCUCCGCAGAUCAGGGAGCACCACCACAGCUGCAACAAGUAUGACCUCACCUUCUCUGCCGUUGUCUGCAGGAAUUACCCGUGACAAACCUUCCCCAAAUCAACAAUCCCAGCGUAGUCAGACCUUCACCACAUCAUCUAAGGAAGAGAUCACUCCUGUCUCUAUUCUCCGUGAUCCACGGAAAGAGCAUAGAGAAGAAGUUCGCAGAGAUACAGCAAAGGAGGAGUCGCGCAAGGAAGCAGUCAGCACAGAAGAUCCAUGGAAAGAUUCCUCAAAAGAGUCUCCAUCUUUGCCAUCACAGAAAGAUGAGCCUCCUAAGAUAGGCACUGCGUUGAAGGACCCCAAAAGGGAAGCAACAGGCUCUCGGGAGGAAUCAAUGCGGCCAAAGUCAAUCCUAAAGAAGGACACAUCUUCUGAAUCAGGUCCUGCUACUGCAACAUCAAAAACGACUCCGCAUCUUGGAGAGCCAAAUGCCCCAACAUCGGCAAAGAUUGAGACUGAGAAUGGACCGAGAGGAGCUGACCAGCUCAAACUGAAGAGGAAGCGAUCACCCAGCCCUGUGAAGUCUCAAGAGAAGUCAUGUGACACAUCAACCAAGGUGGCUGCGAAUCCUUCGCCGAAACCUAUACUGAAAGCAGUUGUCCGAAAAUCACCACCCAAGAAAGUUCCUCCAAAGCUUAUUGCCAAAGACAGUACUAUCAAAAAAACCACUACCAGUGGUACAUCUGUUAAAGAAACAGUUAAAGCAAACAAGGACUCCCCUGCCACUGCUAAAUCACUUGUCAAAAAGGUGUCAAAAGACCUUAAGGAUGCGAGAGAUGACAAAAAAUCCACUGGCCAGCCUAAAUCAGCAGAGAAAUCCUCAAAGCACACAGAAAAAGCUAAGGACGGGAGGGACAAGGAAAGCCUCAUUUCAAAAUCGAAGGAGGGAAAAGAAAAAGAUGUCUCAACAGGAAAGGGGAAAGAUUCAAAAGAAAAGCUGGAUUCCAGUAAAGCAACAGCCAAGGAAUCUGCAAAGGUGGAUUCAAAAUCAUCCCAUGCUACAAAGGCCGUAAGUGAUACGGAUGUGAAGCUUCCUAAGGGCAAAACAGAUAAGAGCACGAAACCUUCUUCAAAGCCGCCUGAUCUCAAGAAAGCCACAAAGGACAGGAAAGACUUAGUUGUCGCAGCCGAGAAAACUUUGCAUGAGUCAGAUUCAAGUAGUUCAAUAUCAAAACUUGCUGGUGAUAGUGCAAAAGAUUCAAAAGCAAAGGAGUCCAAACCAUCUUCAGAGAAACCGAAACUUAAAGAGAAACACAGGGACAAACCCAAGGAGAAAAAUGAAAAGAAAGAAAAGGACACUGAAAGGAAGGAGAGAGAACUGGAGAAGAAAGAGAGGGACCAUGAAAAGGGCAGGGACAAAGCCAGAUCCAAGGACAAAGAGAAAGAAAGAGACAAAGAUAAAGGAAAAUCAGCUCAUCAGGACACACUAGAUUCUGUAAAGAAGCUGGAGGAGACGCCAGUGAAGGCACCAAAGCAGCCAGCAAGGGGAGUUGCUGCCCUGUUGUCCACACUGUCCAGUUCAGAUGACAGUGAGGACUCUGAGACUGAACUUCAGCUGAAAGCAUUGCCCCAGGAACCAGCAAAGAUGUCUAAGCAAAGGUCAAGGAAAGACCGGCAGAGGGUCAUCUACUCCUCAGAGUCUGAAUCAGAUGCAGAUGAGGAUUUCUUUGAGGCCAAGAUCUUCUCUCCCAAGAAGCCCAAACCUGACAUUGCACCAGCUGUAAAAGAAGAUUUCAAACUAAAAGUGGCUGAUGAAGGGCCAGAGAAGUUACCCAAAUCCAAAGACAAGAAAAAGAAGAAAAAGGAAAAGGAGACUGAAUUUGAGAGAAACAAGAACAAAGAUGCAGCUCUCCAGAAAGAGCAGAAGGAGGUAGAAACUUCGAAGCAGGAAAAGGAAAUGCCUGUGGAACCUGAAGAACCAGAGGCAACACAAGAUUCAAAGAAAUCUUCAAAGAAAUCAGCAUCACGGAAGACCAAAGGGAAAAAGAGCAAAGACUCUGAAAAACCUAAUGAGUCAAGCAAGCAGCCAGAAUUGCCCACUGAUGUUCAGAAAGAUGAUCAAAGUCCAGACGAUACAAAACCAUUGAUGAGAAAGCAGAAGGUCACCUCAAUGGAAGUCAAGGUGGAACCAGAGAAAGCAAAUUCCAAGGCUCAUGGAAAGGCAAGCAAACAUAAGAAGAAGCAAGACGAGCAGUGGGGAAUGCUCCCUGAAGAGCCUGAACCUACUUCUGAGAUCACAGAUAGUGACCUGUCAUUCAAAACAUCUUCUGGGGAACCUGAUAGCAAAGCAGUCUCAAAAGUGGGUGAUGACUUUGAAAAAACUGUGAAAUGCCACAAUAAACCAGUGGAUAUACCUGAACCGGAAGAUGAAAGUACUCUAGAAUUGGAAGUGCCUGUUAAAUCCAAAGAGUCUAAAAGACAUAGCAAAUCCAAGAAGAAAUCAAAGAAAGAAAAGAAUGCCAGCUGUGGUCCCUCUGUGGUGCCGAAGUAUGAGAUUGAAGAAAUACCGUCUUCAAUUAAAGAGGAGCCACACAAAAUGUCUGAUUUUUCAGACGAUCUCCCCAAGCUUUCACUUGAAGCACCAAUCUCAUCAGAGCCAAGUAAAGAAGCAGUGCAAGAGACCUUGGAUUUGCCACCAGAUGAUCUUGUGGCAGUCGAGGCAUCACCAGAGAAACCCCCAUCCCUCGUCUCUGGGGACCAAGUGGAUAAAGUAUUAGCUGAGCCCAUUGAUGAAGAGACAGAAUCUGAAGCUGCCAUUCAGAAGUCAAGCAGAAAGCGUUCAGGGAAAGGGAGAUCACCAAGGAAAGGGUCUCACAAGAGAAAAUCCAAGAAAAGGGAGGGAAGUAAAUCGAGAGACAGGUCGAGAAAAUCAGAAGUCAUGUCUGACGAUCUUGAUAAUGAAGCUGCUGUCAAGGAAGCCCUCGAUAAAAAGUUUUCCAAAGUUGGCGGACUAAAUAUUACUUUACCUUCUAAAGACGAAGAGCCCGUAAUAGCUAAGGUGGAGGAUACCAGUGAAACCAAAGAUGGGAUGGGAAGGGAAUCAGGGAAGGUGGAGCACCUUGAGGUCCAGGAGACUACCGAGUGUGACUUUUCUGAUCUGGAGGUUCCAAAGACACCAACGUUUGAGCCAAUGUCUCCUCAUCUACCCACAGAGGAGGAACUUGAGUUGGAAAGAGGUGCUAAGAAGCUCCAGAGCCUCCUUGACGAGGAGGUUGAAAAACCAACUAGUCCUGGCCCAAGUGAGAUCAGAAACCUGUUCCCAGCCCUACCAAGUCCAGCACUGACAAUUCAAAGUCCUCCUCAAACCCUUCAGAGUCCACUGCAGAGCCUCCAGAGCCCACCACAAAAUCUCCAAAGUCCCUCAGAAAAUCUUCAAAAUUUUCAAAGCCCCCCACAAAACCAAGAGAGCGUGCCUCAACCCUAUCAGAGUUUCCCACAGACUUUUCAGAGUCCCCCCCAAGUCAAAGAAGCAGAGCUGGAGACUGUUGGGGAGAUCAAGACCACUCCAGAGAAACAGGUUUUGUCAGAGGCAACAGGAGAAUUUGUGCCAGAGAGCGAGGUUGAGCGGUUGGCCUUGGAGGCAAAAAAGAUCAACUCUAAUCCUGAACAGGCCCCACUUGUCCCAAUUAAUAUGCCCACUAUGAAGGAACCCAAAGAGAUUAUUACAGAGCUACCAUAUGUACCAGUUUUUGAGGACCCAAAGCCUCCUGAACAGAUUGAGGACACUAAACAGACUGUCAAACCUGAACCAAAACGGACAAGAGGAAAGCGAGGCCGCAAACCCAAAACAGUCAAAGAGAAUCAGGGCAGAGCAAGGACGAUUGCAGAGAUCAUCAACCUUACUCAGCGUAGCGAAAACAGAGCCCUUGAAAAUACCCAGCCCAAAGAAGAAACACACGAGACAUUCACUUUGCCAGAGGUCAAACCGGCUGAACCAGAUCUCCUCACUGAAGACAAACUGCCCCCUUGGAAGCAGUUCUUGGGUAUUCCUGCCACUGGAGCAAUGGUUUUGCAGCCCCCAAUCAUCAGCAACAUUAUCACUAAAGGGGAUCCAGAGACAGGAUUAAAAGUUGCAGCUGGACUUGCAGUAACAGGAGUGGAAACUCAAGCAGCUGAAGGGAGACAACAGACACAGGCCGAGGUAGCAGAGACGGAAGAGGCUGUUGCUAAUAUCUUGGUAGCUGAGGAACCAGUUCCUCUUGAGCAAACUCAGAGCAUAGUCAGUGAGGAGAAACCAGUUGCAGUUGAAAAGGUGUCAGAAAAUCAAGAGCACUUCAAGGACAGCAGAUUUACAACUUUUGACUCUAAGCUGAAGGAAAUGUCCAAAGAAUUCCCCAAGGAUCAACAGAAGGAUCCUAAAGCUGUAUUUGGGUCACCGAGUCGCACCAAAGAGGGCUCUAUUUUUGGCCAUCGUGCAAGGUCAAACUCUGCAACUGGCUCAGAAAUGCUGAAACCUGGGGAUAUUAGUGUGUAUGAUUUCACUGACGAUGAGCAGCACCCACUGAAGCCCAGCAAACCAAAGACAAACCUUGAAGCAGCUCCUAAGGCCCCUCCAGCCUCAGAAUCCCUCAUCAGCCUUGUGGCUUCUCCUGUGUCGGCUGCAGACUGGGCCAAGAACAAGGUGGCCAGCUUAAAACAGGCUGCUGAAGAAUUAAGACGGCAGGAGGCAGCUGGUCUUGAUGUAUACGAUUUUCAACCCAGCCCAAGCCCGAAUGAAGUUGUCAAGGGAUCUCCAGGCAAAGCAGCUCCCCGGCCAAGGCGAUCGUCCCGUGGAAGGGGUGCUGGACGUGGACGAGGACGAGGCAGAGGCAGAGGGCGGGAUUUGGAAAUCGGUUCUGAAGGAAUCAAGGAUCAAUCAGCUGCAAUGGUCCAGCAAGCAGAUACUGUCACUGCACUUCUGAAGCUUGGAGAGUCUUUUAAAUCAGGAGGUCUCCCUGUGGCUGGUGUCAUGCACCAACUUGAGGGUCCCCCUAGAAAACCUGAAGAAAUUCCUACAAGCUUGAUGAUGGUGUCCUCAGUUCCAGCAUCUAUUGCACUACCUGAUGCAAAUCUUAUCAGAACAGUUGCAUCUGUUUCUAAUUCUCAAAUCUUGUCCCCUUCACCCCAACCAAUGUUUAGUGAGUCCACCACUCUGAGUUUAGGAAAUGUUUCCACUUCUUGUGUUGUAACUUCCUCUUCGAGUGUAUCACCAGUCAUGACCUCUUCAGUACAUCAACCCCAAUCAAAUACAGUCACACCUGCAAGCACUACCCUUUCCCAUUUCUCACCCACGUUGGCCCCAUCAGCAGCUAGUACAGCCACAAGCAUGCCCGCUGUGGUAGCAGCCCUAGAAAGCCCUAUAGGCCAGAGAGCCACCCAAGAAAUUGCUGGUGUAGCUCCCAAAAGACGACAGCGAGCAUCCCGUGGACGACGAGACUCCAAGACUGAGCUGGAGAAAUGGGCCGGUGUCCAACAGCAAUUUCAGAUGAGUCAGUUCCAGACACCUCAACAACAGUUGGUGGCUGCACACUUCCAACAGGCAGCGAUGCAAAAAACAAUGGAGCAACAGGCAGCUCUGCAAAAAAACUUAGAGCAGCAACAACAACAGCAGCAGCAAUCAUUGCAGCAGCAACAGCAACAGCAGCAGCUCCAACAGCAACAACCCCCAUUCAGUAGGGCAGCAGAACAACCUCAGAUGAUACCACUGCAUCAAACAGCAGCUGCAGCCAUGCAAGCCCAAGUACAAGCCCAGAUUCAGGCACAAAUGAAUGCGCAGCGGGCAAUGACACAAAAUUCACAGCAGCUGCCUUCCCAAUCCCAGGGCAAGCUCCAGACCCUUCCACAGCAUCAGCCUCACGGUCAGACCCAACAGAUGUCUGUCCAGACACAGGCCCAGGGCCAGGGGCAAAGUCAGGGCUCAGGGAGUGCUACUAACCAGCGGACCCUUGUGAGCCAUGCACAGCUGGAAGCUCACCUUCAGUCCAUCACAAGGCCAGACCAAAAUCAGCAAAAGCAGAUCUCCCCUCAAAUGCCCAUCUCGACAGCGAGUGGGAUGUCACAUCCUGCUCUUCAAGUGUCACCAAACUUUUCCUCAUCUGGAUCUGUAUCGGUGGCUACCACCUAUCCAGGACUGCCAAGACAAGGUUCACAAACCAUCACAACACUUGCUGGUCACCCAUUUGCUGUUACAAUGCCCUCUGCUUCUGUGUCUACAAUGGCCAGCCCUGGUGCAACAUCCAAGAUGUCCACCUCUGCUAGUGCAAACUCCACAGCUUCCAACACAGUCACAUCUGUUAUCACUGAGAACAAAACUGUAUUCUCAAACAUGCCAUCUUGCCGCGUACCAACCUCAGUGGCUAGUACAUCCUACCCAGAUGCCAGUGUCCUCCGAGCACGUCUCACACAGUCAGACCCGUCGAAGCCCAUGUUGCCGCCAAAAAAGGAAAAGCUAGGUCACUCAAUUGCUGCACCUCCAUGUGCCAUACAGCAGGCUUCUUUCGAACCCAGGACUAACAAAUCAGAAAGUGCUAAGAACCCAGCAGGUGAGACACAGCAGCAGCAACAGCAGCAGCAGAUGAUGACAGAUAGCCCCAAGGUGGCACAUGUGGAGCUGCAACGGGGUGUACAUCCUUCCAUGAUGGCUGUUUCGCAAGCCCAUCAACCUCAGCAGCAGCAACAGCAGCAACAGCAGCAACAACAGCACAGUGUACAGAAAGAGGACCAGGAAAGAAAAAGAUCAAUAAGUGACCAACAGAGAGCUGCAGCAACAGAAGCUUGGGUGCGUGCCUCGGUAGAAAAUAGACAAGUACCAGCAAGUCCUGGAAUGCCACCGAUCCGCACCCCGGAUGGGCAGGUUUUGUUCUUACCACGAGGAGGUGGACCCCGGCCCGAGCUCAUGCAUCCAAACCAACAUGUCAUGAUGCCAGGCGGUCAUCCAGGUGAAAUCAUUUACCCGGCCAUGAUGCCUGGUCAUCCGUAUUUUGCCGACCCUAAUAAGAAGGAGAAAUCCCCCAACAGUGUGCCCCCUGCAGUUGCCGCUCAAGGAAUGAUGUCGAUUGAAUCUGGUAAAGCCGGCGUGCCACAAGCUGUGUAUCUCCCAGGAGCCUUGAGAAUGCCUUACCCACGGAUGAUUGUCCCUGGUAUGGAGAAUCAACCGGCUGUGAUGCAUUCACCUGGUGGUCGGAUAACAUCCCCCAAGGUAGCACCUGGCACUGCCACUUCUCCAGCUCUCUCUCCAAGGGUGAAAUCUCCAGCUCUGGCACACAGUGAACACCCCCGUCCAACCUCCACCCCGGAUGUUCAGAAGAGUGGUGAGUUGCCCCCUCAUGGCAUGAUGCAGCAGCCUGGAAUUAUCUCAGGCAUUCCGCCCCGGACACCUGGCAUCACAUCAGGAAUCCCGCCGCAGAGGUUUGACCUGCCGGCUGGUACUAUCAUGCCAGGUGCCAUUGUACACCGCGGCAUGCCGCAGAUGAUCAUGCGGCAGCCCACCUACAGCAUCGCUGCCUCCCGUGCCUCGCAGAAGCAAGAGGAGCAUGCAGAGCUGCAUCACCAAGAGAAGCAGCCCCCACCCCACCUGCAGAUCCCGUCAGAUGCCAUGCACCGCCGGACCCCACAAGGAAUGGAAGCCCACAUCCAGAUGCAGACGCAGCAGGCUUUCCAGGCUCGCCAGAUGGAGCUUGCCAGGCAGGGGAUUCACCCGUCAGAGAAUGAGAAUGCGUCAACACCCAGACCGCCAAACCAUGACUACCAGUCGCUGCCUGGGCGGGAGACACCAGUGUGGGUGACCCAUGGAGUUGCUGGCGUGUCCCCCUUGGCUCAUACACCAGUUGGAAUGCACCCCAGCCAAACCAGCCCAUCUCCAAGGACCAAAGGACCAGAUGCUCUUGUGGGACUUCUCAGUCGCUACCCUGUCAUGUGGCAAGGCUUCCUCACCCUCAAGAACGACGUUGCGGCCAUCCAGAUGUACUACGUGUCAGGCAGCCAAGCGGUAGCCCAGGAGUCGUUGCAGAACACCCACCAGACGCUCCGGAUAGCUCAGCGCAUGAGACUAGAGCCGUCUCAGCUUGAUGGUGUGGGCAGAAGGAUGCAGGUGCAGGAUGAGUCGUGCGUCUUGUUAGCGUUGCCUUGUGGACGAGACCACCAAGAUGUCCUGUCUCAGACCAACACCUUGAGGGAGGACUUCAUCACUUACCUCCAGCAGAAGCAAGCUGCAGGCAUCAUCAAUGUGGCCGUACCAGGGACAAAUCAGCCGGCCUUUGUGGUGCACAUCUUUCCCCCCUGCAAAUUCACGCAGGCCAACCUCAUGACCGUGGCCCCUGACCUGAUGGACAAUGUGACGGACAUCGCUCAUCUGAUGGUGGUCAUAGCCACCUGCUGACAAUCUUCUUAAUUGUCUUCAGCGGGCUUCAGAGACCUUGUCCCUGUCUUUCUGCACCUGUUGCCCGUUGCUGAAGGAUCGGUUAGAUUUUCACGGUUGACUACGAGGAGUGAGUUUUUCCCAUUGUGAAACUUUACAGUGUUUGUGUUGUGCAGCUGCCUGGAGUGGAUGCAUUUAAGUUGUUUGAUCUUGCCAUCGAUAAAGUAAUUACAGAGUAUUGUUACGAAUGGGGGGUAAACGACUUACAGUUGUCAAGGCUUUUAAAACUUACAUUAGGUGACCUCUAUCAGAUGGUUGAUAAUAAUGUUUUUGUACCACACUUCGGGAACAACAUUGGUGUCAAUACCACUCCCAACCCAAGCCAAUUCGGUGGUUAUCAGUGAUUGCCAAUUUUAUCAAAGAGUAUGUUUUAUGAAAGUGCAUUAGGAAUUCGGCUGUGCACAGAAAGUAGUGGUGGGCUACCAGCCAGCGUAUACCACUCGCUUUGCGUAUGCUUUGGCUGGGAAUCUUCCCAGUGUGGUGCUUGGCAUGUAUAGGGCUUAUUGGCAAGGCAGCUCUGUGAACUUUGACCCUGUGGUUUAUCACAUGCUUACUGCUUAAUUGGAAUGAACCGCUGAGGACAAAAAUCUCCAGAACUAAAAUCCGUAAAGCACAGCUGGGGUUCAGGAAGGAGCAUAGAACUCAUUGUGGUACUUAAGCUGGUAACCUAAGCAGGAUUUCUUUUCUGCUCUCAGCAUGUUGGUUUGCCUAGCUGAUCCGUGGAACUGAUCCUAACCUACGCCAUGCUUUGAAAACAACUGGCUGGAGACAGAUCUCAGUUCUCGACAUUUCAGGCAUUAUGUGCCCCCUUAGAACCAGACAAAUAUGGUUACCUGGGAACAUGCUCACCAGCCAAUUUGAAUUAUCUUGUUGCAAACCUGACAUUUCUUGAGAGGAUCGAACUGAAAAUGUCACAAAACGUUCUCAUGUCCAUUUUAAAAUAUGUUGACUACCAUGUUCAGAACUGGGUUUCAUGGAGGGGUGUAGAGUUGUAAAAUUUUUCAGAAAUUUAAGAAUACGAAUGCUGCUUGUUUUGUGUUUUGUAAAAAAGAGUAGAAGGGAAGAACUAUCCGUCCACAACUUUGUGUCACCAUGUUAAAUAUGUAUUUCAGUUGUUCAUAGGAAAAAGAAACGAUCUCUUACACAAGAACCCUAACCAGUAUGUGCAGUAUACUUCAUCAAUGUUUCUCCAUUUCAUUUUAGUUUAAACCAUGCGCUAACUGUUGGCAAGCUUUUCCUAAGGCAGAAAACAUUGUUCAUGCAGUCAGAACUCAGCAGGGGGGAAAAUUAUAAAAAGGGUUGGAAAGAAAAUAUUCCGAGGAUUAUUUCAGUCCAGUAUACACGCUUGCCUGUGAGCAACUGUGAAAAGAAAUGAUGUGUUUUUCCUACUAUUUCGCCACAUCAUGUUUUCUUGUAAUGGUCAUAUUUACUUUCCUUUUGAUUUGAGUUAUGUUUUACGGCCGUAUUACAUCUGCUACAUUCUUUUGUCUCAUUGUGCAAUUUGUAAACAAUAGAAUGGGUUCAGUAGUGAACAUCCAGAAAUUAUUUGAUUCUAGGAAAGAAGCCAAAAGUGUUUGACCAGUCAGAUGCCAGAAUUGUCCCAAGUUCAUCAGUUUGUUGUGUCGUGUACUGAUUGAGACUUGCAGUCAUGUUUGAUCUGGAAAUGAUUUCUUAAUUUAGUUGAGUGAGAGCAGGAAAGGUUGCUGUCAGAAAUAAUCUGAAGUUGUUUGAAUACAUGUAACAGGAAGUUACCUCUUCUGGAGGAAAUGUUGGCACUCUUUUCCUUUGGUAUGGUAAUUUUGGUUUGUAGUGAAAAGACUUGCCACCUGUCCGUGAUCUUUGUUUCUUUAGUCUGAAUCAGAAAACAGAUUUUGUAUGGCUGUACUGGUGUUGCAUUUGUCUCCAAGAAAACCUUUAAAAAAAAAAAUCAGGUAAACGUGUACAUGUUUGAGCACUGUUUAGAUACGUUGAACUUUGUUGGGUAAUCCACUCAGAAAAAAGGACCAAUUUAGGAUGUAAAAUACUCUGCCGUUUUACACUGUAUAUUUUAAUAUCACUACUAUCUGCAGUUAAGCAUUGUCAAAGAGAUGCAGAGGAAGCAAGAUUUUAGCAUAUUGGUGUACAGUUGGAGGUGUUUCCAGAAAAGAAAACAUUUAAAGUAAUGCAAAUACCCAAGGUUUCUUAGAAAUCUGUACAAGUUUCAAGACAACAUGGCUAAUUUAGGCAGCAAGUUUCGUUUGAUAAUCCUUUAUGUUACGGUCAUUGGGCACCAGAUAUUGCCUUGUGGACUUGCAGGUUUCUCUGUGGUUGCUGUGAGUUCACAGAUACAUUUUGCUUUGAACUGCUUUUUUUGGGGGGGGGGUAAUUUUGUUUCUCACUGCUCUAAUUGGAGGCUUCUCCGAAGGAUGCUAGUGGCUGUAAGUGGAUAAAAGAACUUGGAGACACAUGUGGUUUUCAUCAGCUGGAGACGACCAUGGUCACUGACUUCAGGCCAAUUCAUUUUUCUAGAGGGAAUUGUCACCAGGCAAAAGCUUGAAACCAACCACGUGCAGAAUGCGACAUACCGUUUCAGCUGCUUACUUGUUUAUGAUGGAAAACAUGCCCUUGCUCAUGUACUUAUAACAACUCACCAGUUUGGAAACAAGUUUAGGUGGGAAAAAUGUAUCUUGUGGGUUAAACUCAAUUAAUAUGAAUGUUGGGAAUAGGUGAAAAAACAAUUUACUUCAAAUUUUUUAGAAAGUCUUGUUUUAUUUCUCUCUGUUUUAAUCACAGCAGCGGUUGUGACUUUAAAUAUACAGGAGUGAUGUGGCGGCAAGCAAAGCUUGGUAAAUUACACGGCCCAUGCUAAACUCUGAUACCAAAGUGAAAAAACAGAAAAAAAAAUUGUUUUUAUGAAUGACUCUGUUUUAUCUGUUGGUGUGGAAAUUGAUUAUGCUGUUUAAAUAAGAGGUAAUUUUAACUGAUUCAUUAUUUCACGAUUGUUUUUUUACACAAGUAUGUAGGGGACACUCUUUUCAGGGGGAAAUUAGUGUAUUACUUUUGUCCGUUGUCUCGGUAUAUUGUGGGGUUUGUCCUGGGAUGUAUCGCGUAUAAUACAAAUUGUACUGAACAAGUUGACUGUGAAACUAACUUGUGUGUGCAUUUUGGACCCCAGCGAUCAGGUUGAUUGCACUUGAUGUUUCAUGACAUUAAAAACCGUGGUUAUUUCAUUAUGGUGCUGAUAAUGAUCAUGUUGUCUCAUAAAUGAUAGUGUUCCCCUACUACAGAACCUUAGUGCAAAAUAAAAUUGAUUGUACAAAGUGUAAACACUGAUUUUCACUAGGUUGACUUCUUUGCUGUAUAGAAACUUUAAAAACAUUGUACAGUCUCGGUAAGGAAACAAAUCUGUGUAAAUGUAGAUUCCUUGUACAGUAUGGAAACAUUUGACACUGAAGUUGGUUGUCAGGAUAUGUAUUUGACACUAGAGGGCAUUGUUUCCCUUGUACCCGUUUAGACUUGUUCACUUGUAACAUUUAGACCGAGGGGGGGGGACAAGUCUCCACCCUGCUGUCGAACUUAAUUGUCGACACCUGAAGGAUGUUUUCCCCUGCAGUGUGAGUGAGCUUGUGUAUAUAUAGCUUCUCAGAAUGGUUCUCUUGUGGCAUGUGGGUUUUUAAGACAUAUAGAAAAGUAUCUGGAUUGACAGAAAGCGAGCGUGGAUUAAAAAUCACUUUACUUAGGUGAAUAAAAGUAGAGUCCACUUUGUAGUCUGAAAACCUUUGGGAACGUAUUAUGUCAACCAGCUCCAUAUUUGUCUGUAGGGUUGGUCAAAUUACUGUAUUAAAGAUUUAAGAAAAAGAAAGUGUACAGUUGUUGUGUAAAUACCCUCUCUCAUGUGACUUCUAUUUUCAAAGAAAAAAUACAAAGCUCCACUGAUGUAAAUUUUUGAUAUUGAGUAAAUAAAUGGAGAGAGAUAUGAGUGAAAAUGAA